AUGGAGAAUAUCCAAUAAUGAGAGAAAAACCCAAGCUAGAAACAGAAAGGCAGCAAGUGAUGAUUCUGGGCUUUAACUUUACUGAGCAGUGAAGCUGAACUGGCUCUUAGACUUUAAACCAGCCAAGAGAAACUUGGACAUUGAUCACAAACCAGUAAAGAACCAGAUCAGACUGGAAAUACAGGGAACAGGGUAUGUGGGAGUGGCUUUCUGUGACAGAAGCUCAGUGUGCACAGAUCUCUUUUUCUUCCUCAGCCAAUGAAAAGCUUGUUGUGUCAUAAUGCUCUGCAUGGGUGUGCCUUACAGUGCAGUGAAACAGUCAGAACUAUUUAAGAACAGGCAGCAACAGGCAGCAACAGGCAGCAGGCAGCAUAACAUCGAGCCUGAGCUCAGGAUCUUACUGAGAAACACCAUGAAGAACUUCAUCUGUCUCUGCUUUGUUCUGUGCUUCAUGGAUCAGUCUCUCUGUGGAGAUCCUGUAAACAUCACAGCAAAACCUGGACAACAGAACGUCGAUCUGCCAUGUAGAGCUGACAGGAACAGCAAAGUCUCAGCUGUAAGCCUGACCAGAGACGACCUGGAUCCACGAUAUGUGCUUCUCUACAGGAAUGACCGGAUUGAUGAAGCUCUCCAGAAUCAACAGUACUUGGGCAGAACAAAACUCCAAAGCCUUAACACCACUGAUGGACAAAUCCAUCUGACUAUAAAGAAUGUGACAGAGAAGGACAGUGGAGUGUAUGAGUGCAUUGUCCAGGCUAAGCUAAAAAGCAAAACACGCAGGAAGACAGCCAACAUAGAAAGCACCAUCAUCCAGCUGCAUGUAGCUGCUGCACAGUCUAAUCCUCCUCAAGGGAACAUGGAUGGAAACAGAGGAGAAGGAGGGAAAGAGGAUGGAGGGAAUAAAGACGGGUUAGGGGUCAGUCGAAGUCAUGUUGUCCUGAUGGUGGCUGUCGCUGCUGUCGCUGUUUCCAUGGUGAUAGUAGCAGUUAUUAGGAGGAAGAAGAUCAGGACUCCUUCUUCUUUUCUCCCUGAAGAUGCAGAGAAUCCUCAGUUGAUCUGACUGAAAGUUGUUGAUGUUUCUGGAUCAUCAGCCAAAGCAGAAACAACGUCGUCUUUAGUCAAUAAGAACAAGCUAAUGUCAGCAACUGGGACAUUUUUUAUUUUGUUCUCAUAUUUAAAUGCAAAUGUGACAAAAACCAGGAAGAUCAAUAAUUUAAUGAUCAGUUACUUUGCUUAUUGCAAUACUAACCUGAUCAGUCACACUGAGUGUUUGUGUAUGACUCCUGCACUAACUAACACUGACUAAAGUCUCACUGCAUGAUGUGACCUUUAAUCUGAAGGAUAAAGUUCUUUCUGGGAAAGAAAAUAUGUUAUUGGUGAGAAUUUAAUGUAAAAAUAUUACAUUUUAUUUUGUAUAAAAAUAUUUCUGAAUUAAAACUUUAUAUUUUUAUAAAUA